GGCGGUGGUAAAAAUUGGGAGAGGAAGAAAAAAAUAAUGAAAUGUUGGCUGGCUUUUUCGUUCUGGUUGUGUUGGGUUAAUUAAUUAACUCGUUGGGAUAAAUUCAUUAGUUGAGUCAUGUAAUUGGUUUUGUUGUUUUGCUGUGGAGUUGAGAGCAGUUGUCGUCAGUUGUUGGAGAUGGUGAGGAGUUAGAAGGGCAGGAUUUUUAGAGGUUUGGGUUUUAUUUGAGAUUAUGAACGUUAAAGGUGCAGGAUCGAGCUCAAAGGAGGAGGGCGAUGAGGGCCUCAAGAGGCAGGGCUCAUUCAGGAAAAUAUUGCCUGGUGGGUCUGGUGGGGAUUCACAGCUCAAUACAUCUAUCAGAAUGAUCGAUCGUCCUCAGACUAUCUCCGGAAAUGGUGACCACUUGGUUUAUCUACAGGAGUACAAUAUUUUGGCGGAAUAUCAUCAUCUUCAGCAACACGAUCUCCGGGGAAUAUAUGUUAUUCCAUCAGCGGAGAGUUCUUUUGUGUGGUUUGGAGUUCUGUUCGUUAAUAAAGGGUUUUAUCGGGGUGCUGUGUUCAGGUUCACGAUAACUCUGCCUGAAAAUUUUCCAGACGGUGGAUGUCCCAAAGUUGCCUUCGAAUCUAAAGUCUUCCAUCCACUUAUUUAUCCCGAGACAAAUGAGCUCAACACCUCUGCAGGUUUUCCCGAGUGGAAAAAAAACAACAGGAUAUACCAAUUAAUACAAUUUAUAGUUAAAGUGUUUAAUAAAGUUGAUGGAAAACUGCCUUCAACAAAUUCCGAAGCCUCAACGUUAUUAUGUAAUAAUGUAGAAAGUUUUAAAUCUCGUGUGAGAGAAUGUAUACUGAAGAGUUUAGACCACUUGUACGAUCCUCCAGAGACUAAUGAUCCUCAUUAUCUAACAUUUACUUCUUGGUGGCCAGAGUUACAUGAAUUGACUAGACAGAAGAUUUUUCAACCAAAGAAACAGGAACCAGAGAGAACGCCCACUGGAUUUUCUUGGGUGCAGCCUGGCUCACUCCAGCCACUUUCAAAACUCGAAGAUCCCGCGAAAGAAUUAUAAUUGAGAAAAAAAAAAUGAAAAUACUCUUAAACACAGACUUGCCUUCGUACACGUAAACAGAAUUCAUUACGAAAUAUUUUUAUAUUAACUUACAAAUUCAAUAAAUUUAUCGAAUUGUUCAA